AUGCUGGGCUCCCUUCGCACCUCGGUUGCCCGGGCGGGCCGCACUGCCUCGCAGCAGGUGCGGCGCAUGGCCACCGACGCCAUCGCCGAGGUGGAGAAGGAGGCGGCCCACGCACAGAAGGAGGCCAACAAGUGGAAGAUGAUCUCCUUUGGCUGCAUCCCGGUGUGCGUGGGCCUGGGUGCGCUCACCCUGAGCAAUGCGCACACGCACCACCGCCACGCGCCCAACUACCCUUAUAUGCUUUACAAGGUCAAGGACUUCCCCUGGGGCCCCGACCCGCUGUUUGGCUACAAGUAG